AUGUUCCAUGCUCUCGUCUCGCUCUGGAACCUUUCCCACAUUGAGUACUUGGAUUUUGUGGAAGUUACGACCCAUCAUUGCUUUACCACCCACUGCACAGCGCUCAGCAGUUUACACUAUACAUUCGAGGCUCUAAAUUUACUCAACUCCACUCUCUCCAUAAUCCAUCGCAUCCAUUUUACAUAUCAACCAGCGUCGCCUCCAAUCCGCAAAGCCUUCGCCAUGCCAGGGGGAGGGUGGAUGACCAGAGCUGCGACAUCUGUGUCGCCUCCUAAGACGGAGCAAGGCGAAGAGGUCAGGCUGUACAACGCGGACAAUGAUAACGAUGAAGUAUUCCCGCUCCAGGCCGCACGUAGGUACCUCAAUAAUUCCGAACUACCAAUAAUUGGGCACAAACACGGUCCCGAAUACGAAUUCGCUAGCUUCGUGACGAAUAUUACUGAACUCAAGAAUGGUCGCGAAGGACUCAAAAACAUUCAUCAAACCCCCGACUCCUCAGCGCAAGAAACCUCGUACUCCAUCCAACCCUCAAUUGCUCUCCUUAAUCUGUCCUCAGGAUCUAUGACCCGAGGCGAUUACUACUUCAAUAGGGUCUCGAUGCUCUCACGGGCGAGGCAUAGCGCAACACAACCAACCUGCCUUUGUAUUGUCUACACUAAUAUGAUUUUUUUUAGGAAAGGAAUUUGGCACACGCUAAACAAAUACGGGAGGGGUCCAAGGCAUUAUCUGGCCUGCUACAUUACCCUAAGUUCAGGUUUGCUUGAGCGGUUUGCUCAAGUAAGUUCUUUUCUCACAACGGUAUCCGAUCCCCCGUUAAGUUCACGCAAGGAAGGACGCGAGAACAGGCAAUCAUGCUCAUACGUUAUCCUGGGGCCACUCAGUGAGGUGCGCAUGAAAGGAACGCCUGGAUAA